AUGGCUGGUAACAUGAGAACUGACCCUGAGUUUGCUGCUUACCUAGCGGCUCAUCCCCCGAUUGCUCCAACCGCACCAUCUGCUAUUGUUCCGGGUGCUGAUCGUGCCAAUACGCCCAUCAAUCCAGAAUUCCAAGCUGCUCGUCAAAGACUGGAAUCAGCCGUGGCCGGUGCGAUAGCCAAAUUUCUGCCUAUUUUGGACUCUGUCAAGGAGACAAAAUACCAGAUCAAAUCAUUUGAUGGAGUAGAGAUCACAAUCCACGAGUUUGCCCGAACAGACCUUCCUGAACUCACAGAGCCUUCACCGGCCAUCGUCUAUCUCCAUGGUGGAGGCUAUCUGAGCUGCCCGAUUGAGAACAUCAUUCGCCCUGGAAUGGCCCAGUUCGCUUGGGAUUUUAGCAUUCGCACCUUUGGCGUUGAAUUUCGAUAUGCGCCCGAAUAUCCUCAUCCCGUCCCCAUCGAGGAUUGUUUCGCUGGCCUGAAAUGGGUCAUGGAAAAUGCCGAGACCCUCAAGAUUGACCCGAAGCGCAUCGGGGUGUUUGGAGAGAGCGCCGGAGGAGGCCUUGUCGCCGGCUUAGCCCUGCUAGCGAAGGACCGGAAUCUCUCGCCGCCCAUCGCCAAGCAGCUGAUGGUCUACCCAAUGCUGGAUGAUCGCUCCUCAAAGAGACACUUCAAUACGAACAGCCCCAGAGAUCAGUCGCUCAGCGGAAUGGUGGACCUGUUGGAUAUUUGCUGGUCGGCUUACCUCGGCGCAAAAGUAGGGAGAGCCGAGCCCGAGCUUCAGGAUGUUUCUGUCUACGCCGCGCCAGCUCGUUCGACCGACUUGUCUGGUCUCCCACCCGCCUAUCUCGAAGUCGGCGGGUUAGAUUGGUUCCGAGACGAGACGCUGGAAUUUGCUGCCAGGUUGGCUAAAGCAGAUGUGGAUGUGGAACUCCACCUCUAUCGCGGCGUGCCACAUAUUUUCGAGAUGAUGGCUCCGGACAUUUCAGUAACAAAGAACGCAAAGGAUAAUAGACGGAGAGCGAUUCUUGAUAUUUAA